AUGGCGAUCAUUUCGGAUAGGGCGAAUUCGAUACAUGUGGGUGUUAGGAAUGUGUUUCCACGUGUGUACCACGGCCUGUGUUGUCGUCAUUUAAUGAUGAAUUUACGUUUGCCGUCGUCUAAAAAAAAAGAGUACGAGGCACUAUGGUGGAAGACGUGUAAAUCUUAUCGGAUGUCUGACUUUACCGAGUCAUUUAAUGCCUUGUGUCUUGCUGUUCCUCGAAUACGCCAGGUUUUAACAAAUAUUGGGUUUGGUAGAUGGGCAAGAGCUCAUUGUCCCGGCAAUCGAUACCACUAUAUGACAUCUAAUAGUGCGGAGUCUAUAAACUCUUUGUCUAGAUUCUCGCGUAAGAUGCCGAUAACGCAACUUAUCGAAUUUUUCCGCGAGUCUGUACAAAAAUGGUUUUAUGACCGUCGAUUGCAGGGCAUGCAGGAGAGCCAUUCACUUACUCAGUGGGCACAGAAGAAAAUUUUAAAGAAAAUUGAAGGGUCUAGAACCUGGACUGUUGCAGGCAUCCGGGUAAACAGCUUUGUUGUUGAUGAUGGUGGGAAAAGGGGUGUAGUUGAUCUUUCGAAUCGUUCGUGUAGCUGUCAUGUCUGGCAAGUUUCGGGUUUACCUUGUGGGCAUGUGAUUGCUGUUUCAAGAUUUUUGGGUGAACCUGACUGUAGUCAUUAUGCUUUCUCGUGUUACUCAAACGAAGUAUACAAAAAAACGUAUGAAGAAUCGAUUAAUCCUCUGCCUCAUAGGUCUGAAUGGGUAAUACCAGAAGGCCUUGGCAGUGUUUUACCGCCGAAUAUUACAAAACGUCAAUCAGGUCAUCCAAAAGAAAACAACAGAAUCUUGUCUCGUGGGGAAGAACCUGUUCCGGUAUAUUGUUCGUGUUGCCGAACAUACGGACAUGUUCGUGACGUUUGUUUAGAUCCAAUGAAAUCACAGAUUCGUUCACGAAAAUCAUCAGCAAAAGGAAAAGAGAAAGAGACAGAAACCCAGAGUUCAACGGAUGACAUUUUUCCAUCUUAUAAUUUAGCAGAAUUUUAG